CUCCUUUUUUUUAAGUACCCAUCUAAAAGUGAAGUUACAUGAUGUUCCUAAAAACUCUUUGUCUCCCACUUGUGAUUACAUUCCUUUCUUUGUCCUCCUAUUGCUUUGGCCUUGGCAGGUACAGAGAGGAGGACCCAUUUCACGUUGAUUUUCGUCGAGGCCGUGCUUAUCACCUCCCGACAUCGUAUCGCCAUCCGUAUUUUCGCACCUUCGGUGUUCGCGGUCAGCCAAACUAUCAUAAUUCCUACUAUAAAAACGAAAUCCAGUCGAGGCUUGACAGAGCAAGUGGUGCAGCGACUCCGAAGGUAGUCAAUGUAGAUGAUUUCGGAGCUAAAGCUAAUGGAAGAGACGAUUCUCAGGCAUUUAAGAAAGCUUGGAACUAUGCUUGUUCUUCAUCUCAAGGAGCUAUUAUGGUGGUCCCCAAGAAGAAGAUUUAUCGUCUUAAGCCAAUUAACUUCUCAGGACCCUGCAAAUCUCCUCUUCUAUUGAAGAUCUAUGGAACACUCGAAGCCACUGAGGAUCACUCGGAUUACCAAGAUAAUGGAAGACGAUGGCUUUACUUUGAUAAUGUUGAAAAUUUACGAGUCGAAGGUGGAGGCAUCAUCGAUGGUAAUGGCAAAACAUGGUGGGAAAAGUCCUGCAAAGUCAACAAAGCCCUCCCUUGCAAGGAAGCUCCAACUGCUGUAACCUUCAAUGAAUGCACUAACCUGAGAGUAUCAAGUCUUCGUAUAAAAGAUGCACAACAAAUGCACGUUAUAUUUCAAAAAUGUGUGAAUGUAAAAGCAUUUAACCUUUUGGUGACGGCACCUGGGAACAGUCCCAACACUGAUGGCAUUCAUGUGACUGGAACCCAGAAUAUUUACAUUAACAACUGUGUCAUCGGGACAGGCGAUGAUUGCAUCUCAAUAGUGAGCGGCUCCAAGAAUGUACGUGCCACCGGUAUAACUUGCGGACCAGGCCAUGGAAUCAGCAUUGGGAGCUUGGGAGCCGGAAACUCUGCGGCAUAUGUGUCUAAUGUAAUGAUUAAUAAAGCAACACUUUCCGGAACCGACAACGGAGUUCGAAUAAAGACUUGGCAGGGAGGAUCAGGAUAUGCCAAAAACAUAAAAUUUCAAAACAUCGUGAUGUACAACGUCAGUAACCCUAUAAUCAUUGAUCAAAAUUAUUGUGAUCAAGAAAACCCAUGUCGCAAACAGACAUCAGCAGUACAAGUGAGCAAUGUACUUUACCAAAACAUCAGAGGAACAAGUGCCUCGAACGUGGCCAUGAAGUUCGACUGCAGCCAGAGUGUUCCUUGCCGGCAGAUCUAUUUGCAAAAUGUAGCUUUAAAGGCUGAAGAAACUGAACAAGCUUCAUCUUCAUGUGCUAAUGUUAUAUUAUCUUAUCGAGGAGAUGUUUCACCACCUUGCUCAUCUCGAUCCUAAAUUAGGAUAAAAUUAUCUAUUGGUCUACUACAUAUAACAUGUAUAAUGUUAAAAUACUUUAUCAUAGUAUAAAUAUUUCAGUGAUUUUGUGUAUGUUAAAAUAUUUGUUGCCAAAC